CACGUGUUUCCUGCAUCCGCUUUAAGACUUUUGGUGGGAUUCGACUGCAAUAAACUUAUUGAGCUUUACCUUUCACAUUUAGUUAUCCCGCAUGUUAGUAAUACUGCCCUGUAACCGUACUUGGGCGCCUGAUGCUGUAGCGGAUUUUCGGCUAAAUUUGAUAUAUUUAAAUCAACUACUAUGAGUUGAUUGUAACUCGUUAGUUUAUGAAAGUGGAGAAUUGGUGUCCUGCUAACCUUUAAUACGUACCCGCAGCCCUCCGAUAGACAGCCAUGGCCGCCGCUGGGAGAGGAGAUGCGGGCGCCGAUCCCGCUUCGAAUCCAGGGACCGUUGCUGUCUGUUUCUGCGAGUCCACUCCUUUGCUGUGGCGGGCCGGGGAUGUGAGGACCGCACGGCAGACAGGCGUGGUGGGCACUCUGAUGGGCUCGUUAGCCCGGCAGCCUCGGCAAAACUGCCGACUGGGACGGCCGCUGGAACUUCUGCGGGAGGAAGCGCGGCUGCUGGCCGACGCGGGGCGAGCUGUGCUGCUUUCGUCAUCGCGCCCGAAGAGCACAGGUGCGGCCAACCCUGAGCUCGUAAAACAGCACCAGGAGCAGAUGGACCAGAGCUAUUCUGAACAAAGCCAACUGGCUCAACAGGACAAGAAGGCUGUGCUGUUGAGGGUUAUGGCGGAUAAGAAGCAAGGCAGUAAUCAGAGUGACCAGGCAUUACAGGAGCGCUUGCUGGCCCUCGACCAUGGCUUCACUUUCCCCCGUACCGCCAUGGCCGUUCAGCUGAACACCGCCCGGGCCGGUAUGAGCUAUGGCCCAGAGGAGCUGCGCUUCCUGGCUGCCGAUUCGCUGUCGCCUCGGGAUGAGCGACAGGAAGCCCGUUACCGUGUCUUCAGGGACCUGAGGCGGCGGGGCUUCUACCUCACCACCGGCGGGAAGUUUGGCGGGGAUUACCUGGUGUAUCCCGGUGACCCCCUACGCUUCCACGCGCACUUCAUCGCGAUAUGCCUUCCGAUGGACGAGGCCCUGUCGCUGUGUGACCUACUGGCCCUGUCCCGCUUGGGUGCCAACGUGAAGAAGACCGUCCUGCUGUGCUCCCCGGGGGCCGAGCCGGAGGAGGUGCUGUAUACUUCUCUGCAGUGGAGUGGGAUGGUGUAGACCCCCCCCCCCUGCAGCUGUGCUGUGACCCUUACCUCUCCAUAGGCCUUUACAAAGGCAGACAAGCUGAUUGUCAAUAAAAUAUUUAUUUAUGGCAAA